GCGCCCCCCGGCCCCGUCCCCCUUCCCCCCCCCCCCCCGGGGGCCAAGGGAAGCGCCGUGGGACCCCGCAGCCCGGGGGCAGCCCCGGGGGUCUCGGGGGGAGCAGGGCACUAGGAUCGAGGCGUGCGAGGAGGGGCGAGCCCAGCCCCGGCUCCGCGAAACGGGGCCGGAGCCGCCGCUUCUCCACCCAGCGCUGAGCCGGGGGAAAGGGAAGGGGGAUUUCAGCAGGAAAAAAAAAAAAAAAAAAAAAAAAAAAAAAAAAAAACGCUCCGAAACCGCUCCGCAAGUUCCAGCAGCUGCCAGAGCAGCUUGGGGUGGCUUCGGGUUUGCUCCUCUGCGUGAGCGCGGUCGGGAGGAGUGCCAGCGAAUACCCCAAAGUCUGCCCCAAAACCCGGGAGAGCUGCAGGAAAGACGCGGCGGAGAGUUGGGGUGCUGUGGAUCUAUUCGGCACACAGUCCUGCCACCGCUGCUGGAGACAUUCGUAUGGCUUGAAGGGUGGAGCUGUGACCUGGCACAUUAACCUUCAUGGAUCCCCUAAACCUCUCCUGGUACAACGGUGACAUCGGGGACAGGAACUGGAGCAAGCCACUCAACGAGACCAAUGCGGACCAGAAGCCUCAGUAUAACUACUAUGCCAUGCUGCUCACCCUCCUCAUCUUCGUUAUCGUGUUUGGCAACGUGCUGGUGUGUAUGGCUGUGUCCAGGGAAAAAGCCCUUCAGACAACCACGAAUUACCUGAUUGUAAGCUUGGCAGUGGCAGAUCUCUUGGUAGCAACUCUGGUCAUGCCGUGGGUGGUCUAUCUGGAGGUGGUUGGUGAGUGGAGGUUCAGUCGGAUCCACUGUGAUAUCUUCAUGACCCUUGAUGUCAUGAUGUGCACCGCCAGCAUCCUCAACCUCUGUGCCAUCAGCAUUGACAGGUACACAGCGGUAGCGAUGCCAAUGCUGUACAACACCCGCUACAGCUCGAAGCGCAGGGUCACCGUCAUGAUCGCUGUGGUCUGGGUGCUUUCGUUUGCCAUCUCCUGCCCUCUCCUGUUUGGCCUCAACAACGCAGAUGAUAACGAGUGCAUCAUUGCCAAUCCUGCCUUUGUCGUGUAUUCCUCUAUUGUCUCCUUCUACGUCCCCUUCAUCGUCACCCUGCUGGUGUACGUGCAGAUUUACAUCGUGCUCCGCAAGCGCAGGAAGCGUGUCAACACCAAGCGCAGCAGCCACGGCCUGGACUCGGACACGCAGGCACCGCUGAAGGACAAAUGCACUCAUCCAGAAGACGUGAAGCUCUGCACAGUUAUUGUGAAGUCCAAUGGGAGUUUCCAAGUUAAUAAGCGCAAAGUGAUUCUUGUCCAGGAGGCAGAGAGUCACAUAGAGAUGGAAAUGGAGAUGGUGUCCAGUACCAGUCCUCCUGAGAAAACCACCAUCAAACCAGCAGCCCCGAGCAACCACCAGCUGGUUGUGCCGGUUGCUUCUAAUCGGGGCACCAACUCAACCCUGCAGGCACACUUGGGCAGUCCUGGGAAACUAGAGAAGAACGGGCAUGCCAAAGAAAACCCCCACACAGCCAAGGUCUUCGAGAUCCAGUCUAUGCCCAACGGAAAGCUAAGGACCACUCUUCUCAAGGCUAUGAACAGGAGGAAACUGUCACAACAGAAGGAAAAGAAAGCCACUCAGAUGCUAGCCAUCGUACUUGGUGUUUUCAUCAUCUGCUGGCUCCCAUUCUUCAUCACUCACAUCCUGAACAUGCACUGCGAUUGCAACAUCCCCCCAGCAAUGUACAGCGCCUUUACAUGGCUUGGAUAUGUCAACAGUGCUGUCAACCCAAUUAUUUAUACCACCUUCAAUAUUGAAUUCCGCAAAGCUUUCAUGAAGAUCCUCCACUGUUAAAAGGAAAAACAGUAACCGCCUUUUUAAGAAUGAGGGGAAAAAAAAAGAAUCCAAUGCCAUUCACGCACACAGACAAGUGGGCAGCCGUGGAGAGGUCUCGAGCUCUUGCACUGGGCAUGGGGAGUGCAGUACCACAGCAGGGCCGUGCCCAUGCACCUCUUGGCAGGGACGUAACGAGGACCUUCAUGCAGGAGGGAGGUUCUCUUGCCCCUUGAGGUGACCUUUGGACUCCAGGGCAUCGAUCCCGAGGGCACUUCUAAGAGCAACCCUCACACUGUGUUUGAAGUGGAAGCAAAAAUCGGGACAAGCUCACUUGAUUGUUGCCUGUGGCCAUCUAACCUGGAGUGCAUUAAACAGAUGCUCGCAGAGCCACGUGCAGGCAGCAAUGGGUCACUGCCGCUGGCUUGCGUGUUAAGUCAUUGACACAAUCUCACCAAAGACAAGACCAUCUUUUCCGCUUUGCAAUAGGAGCCUGACAGAGCCUGCGGAAACUCCGUGCAAUAGCUUUGCCUUCACCUCCAGCUGACUUACCCAGUAUUAAACUGCUGCAGCCUCGAGGGGAAAAAAAACAAAACAUAAAACUUCAGGAGGUCCCCAGGUGGGCUAAGAAGGUCCUCCCACCUACGGAUCCCAUCCUUGCAACAAGCAAUGGGCAGAAGGAAGAAAGGGAGCCUAAGUCUCAGGUGGGACUGCUACAUCAGCGUAAAUAUGAAUGAACAGGAUGAAUCGGAUAGAAGCCCGAGCCAAAAGAAGUGGACAGAAAUUAAAGAAGUGAUUCCUGGUACUGCAUGGUAUGCACUCAGAUCCAACAGGACGCCAACUGCCAUCUAUCAUCAGCCGGCCCAGCAGCAAUUUCUGCCUACCAGCAUUUCAUCUCCAGUCUCUCACGAGAAGUUACAAGACGAGGUGAGGAGUGAUAGCGGGAUGAAUGUAGGAACAUGAAGACUGUGCCAGGAGCAGCAUUUGGAGCAAUGUCUGUCUCUGAUGUGAACUUGGAGAAGUCAAAGUUAGGUCCAGUUCUUCCUACCUAACUUGAAGGCACCAUAAAGCCAAGGAUCACCUCAGAUAUGAUUUGCCUAAGUCUCUCAGUAGAGAGUGUGCAGAGUGACAUCGUGCCUAAUUUAAAUAAAUAGCAAAUGAGAUAAAGACUGUGUAUUUUGGAAAAAAAGCCAGAAUAAAAGCCCCAGUAUGUCCCUAACUGGAUCUGCUUCUGUGUCCACAUCCAGCUCUCGAAAGGUCUGGAUGUUUCCAGCUUCCCUUACCCUCUGCUAGCUUUGUUUCACAGUUUAAAACAACUGAAAAUCCAUAACAGCAUAAUUUCACCAUGCUGACUCUGGCAUUGCCAAAUCCACUCUGUACUUAUUAAUUGUACUCAGUUCACAAUAUAUUUUGUAAUAUCUCUGUAAAUAAAAUACAGUAAGAUGAAUAAAAUGACACAGAAAUAGGUCUGGCUAGAAAUUAAUGUAGGCUCUGGAGAGCUCCAUGAUUACAAUAGCCAUAUGCAGAGGCAGGCUCCCACGUUCCAGUUACCUGCUGUUUUCUAAAGAUGUUAAAAUACAGUCUAGAGAGCAAUAGAAUCCCUUUUUUCUCUAUGCAGUUUGUUGAACAUCCGCAUAGUUUCUGCUUCAGAACAGAUAAAGACCGCUGCCAAGGUGGGCUUCUUUUGUUACCUUUUUUCCCAUAUUGCUAACAAAGCAUUUCCCCGUGGGAUGGGCUGUGCUGUGCCAGCAUGUGUUCCAGCUGCAUAGCAAGGAGGGACGGUGUCAAGCAGCUGUAAUGCACGCUCUCGGCUGUCUUCUCGCACUGCAACAGGAGUCCCACCUUGAUCCAAAGGUUUCCUGUCUAAUCCUUCUGUUCUGGAGGGGGCCGAUAACAAGUGUCAUUAGUAUUUAGCCCCUGGGUUGUGUAACAUUUGAAUGUGGCUCUUCAAGAUCUGGUCAUAGCUAUAAAUUUAAAUUACAAAUGCCUAAAUGCCCACCUUAGUGAGGGGUUUUUGCAUAUACUUCCAGCAGAAAUAGGUCCUAUAUAGGAACUGAAUAAAUAGCAAGCCCCUGCUUAUCAGAGCAACCUUUUCUUGACAUACAUGAACCAGGUGUUACCUGAUGCUGCCAGAACAAAAUGUUUUGAACAUAGGAUGUGGCCAUUCCUGUGCUGGCACUGUAAUGCACAUGGGGGAAGCCUCAUACUUUGUAAGUUAAUGGGAUUAUGUGCAAGGGAAAACA